CGCUGCGAGCGCAGAAUGAGGCGUUGGCAAUCCGCAAUGGACGGAAGUCCCGCACGCAGACGAACGAUGGUGGAGCUCGUGGGCGCGUGGUCUGGCAUGAAACGCGGCUACUAAUACCCAGAUCUCCUCCACCGAUCAACGCAUCAGUUUUGCAUGACUUCACCACUCGCGCCUAGUCGAUGCCCGCCACCCGCCAGACCAUGGGCUCCCUCCCACCGCGCCAACCCUACGCUUCUUAUCCAUCCUCCUCCUCCUCCUCGUCCCACCGCCCCGCUGCUUACGAUGUGAACUACCACGGCUCCACAAAUUCCAGCACGCGUCCGCCCGUCCAUUCCGGCAUGGACUCCCACCAGCCGACUCCGCCAGUGGGCCUGAGCGAUCCGACUUUCGACAUCCUCGAUUGGCAUCCCGCCUACCUGUCCUGUCAGCGCUACUUCGUCGACCACGCUCAGUACGAACCUGGUACGCAAGCAGUCUGUGCCCUCAUCAACAUUCGCCUGCCAUUCCAAUGGCUCUCCACGCCCGUGACAUCCUCCAAUCCUGCCUCCAGCUCAGCUUCUCAGCAACCCUUCACAUUCAAUCCUUAUUCCCGCAGCGGCAGCAAUGUCAAUAGUCCUCGCUCUCGCGACUUGCCUGGCAGCAGCCACCAUCACAACAGCUCCAAUCCACAAGUCCACGUCUCACCUAUACCAUACAUCCGCCGCCUCGUGGUGACAGGCUUCGACAAACCUGCCAUCAUGCAUGGCUUCUUCGGCGACGAUUACGAGCGCGGAAUCAUGCCGCACGUCGAAUGCGAACGCAGGAAUUACUUGUUUGCAGCAAAACACGGCGGGUGGCGGACGUGCAAGAGACAGUAUGAUGUAGGGAGCGGAUAUGGCGGAGACGAGAGCGUUCCAUUUAUGAAGCCUCUCGAUGAGGCAAAAGGCGAAGAGUUGGCCGCGGCAGAGAAACAAUGGAGUGAUUGGUUGGCCAUGGAAGACUGGAUGGUAGGACCUCGUGCUCCGGGUGAAGGAGCGACGCAGUGUGAAGGUAGGAGGUCUUAUGAGGAGCAACAGCAGCAGGGAAGCUCACGGCGGAGUGGAGGAAGUCGAGGGCGGAGCGGCAUGAUCGGGCCUACAGAUGGUUUACCGGAUGGGCUGCCGGACGGGAUACGUGAUGAUGGCUAUCGUUCAUCGUAGUUUGACGACCGUGGCUAUCAGCACGGGCACUGCGACAAAGAUCGCAAGAUCAACGGCGGGUGCUCUGGAGGACAAUCCAACACCAGCAACAAAUUUAAAGGUGGACGUGAGGAGAACUCCGGCUUCGCAGAUGAGACAUCAGGUCAAGCGGUUUCGGAAUCAGAGCGGAGGAGGUUUGGCGAGGCAAGAAACACGAAGCCUCGAAUUAACAGCACAAAGACGCCCAGCUUCGGCCGGCGAAGGACAACAGAGGAACGUCGUCGUGGAGAGUCUGGUGGUUUCGGUCAGUGUAUGAUAUGCGAAAUUCUAUCUAAUGAAAUAGGCCACUCUACAAAGAGUAAGCAAAAGGAUCCUCAGUCACUACGAAUUCGCACACAAGCACAACCUUCAGAACCCGCAACUAGGGUUCCCGAGCCAC